AUGUCACUGGCUAUCCCCUCUCUGAUGGCCAAGACCAUGGCCGCCGCUGCAGGGACAGCUGGGGCAGCUGCUGUGAAGGCGUCCCCGGGCCGCUGGGGCCUGGGAGAGGAGCCCGCAGGCCUGGGCCCCCCGCUGCAGUGUCGCGUGUGCGGGGACAGCAGCAGCGGGAAGCACUACGGCAUCUACGCCUGCAAUGGCUGCAGCGGCUUCUUCAAGAGGAGCGUGAGGCGGAGGCUCAUCUACAGGUGCCAGGUGGGGGCGGGGACGUGCCCGGUGGACAAGGCGCACCGGAACCAGUGCCAGGCCUGCCGGCUGAAGAAGUGCCUGCAGGAGGGCAUGAACCAGGACGCCGUGCAGAACGAGCGGCAGCCGCGCAGCGCAGCCCAGGUGCGGCCGGGCAGCGGGGCCCCCGCCUCGGAGCCGGCGCUGGAGUCCCUGGGGGCCCCGCCGGCCCCUGCGUCCGCAGCCCCGGGCCACCACCACUUCAUGGCCAGCCUCAUCACAGCCGAGACCUGCGCUAAGCUGGAGCCGGAGGACGCCGAGGAGAACAUUGAUGUCACCAGCAACGACCCCGAGUGCCCCUCGUCCCCGUACUCCUCCUCGCCCCCCUGUGGCCUGGACAGCAUCCACGAGACCUCGGCGCGCCUUCUCUUCAUGGCUGUCAAGUGGGCCAAGAACCUGCCCGUGUUCUCCAACCUGCCCUUCCGCGAUCAGGUGAUCCUGCUGGAGGAGGCGUGGAGCGAACUCUUCCUCCUCGGGGCCAUACAGUGGUCUCUGCCUCUGGACAGCUGCCCGCUGCUGGCCGCCCCCGAGGGCCCCGCCGCCGGCAGCUCGCAGGGCCGCCUGGCCCUGGCCAGCGCCGAGAGUCGCAUCCUGCAGGAAACCAUCUCACGCUUCCGGGCACUGGCGGUGGACCCCACGGAGUUCGCCUGCAUGAAGGCCCUGGUCCUCUUCAAACCAGAAACUCGGGGCCUGAAGGAUCCUGAGCACGUGGAGGCCUUGCAGGACCAGUCCCAAGUGAUGCUGAGCCAGCACAGCAAGGCGCACCACCCCAGCCAGCCUGUGAGGUUUGGAAAAUUGCUCCUGCUUCUUCCAUCUUUGAGGUUUAUCACUUCUGAACGAGUUGAGCUCCUCUUUUUCCGCAAGACCAUAGGGAAUACUCCAAUGGAGAAGCUCCUUUGUGAUAUGUUCAAAAACUGAGGGAGGUGGAAGUAAAAUGCAUUUAACUACUCUGGAAAACAACCUACCGAAGCCAAACGUUUGCCUGCCCUGUGACCUAGCAGUUCCACAUGUAGGUAUGUGUAUUAAGCAGAGGUGUCCACAAAAAGAUAUUAUAAGAAUAUUCACAGUAGCUUUAUUCAUGAUAGCCCCUGACUGUACAUUGGCAGUAGGAUGGAUUAAUAAAUUGUGGUAUAUUCAUUUAAUGGAAAAUAGC